AUGCGACAGUACACCAUCAAACGAAUCGGCCUGUUCAUACCCACAGUGUUGUUGGUCACCGUGAUUGUUUUCGUAGUGAUGCGCCUCAUCCCGGGAGACCCGGCGCUGGCAAUUCUUAGCGCAGACGACGCCGCCUACACCGAGGACGAACUGCGCCUACUACGUAUCGAACUGGGCACGGACCGGCCCUUGGUGAUUCAGUAUGUGGGCUGGAUAGGGGGACUGGCUCGCGGAGACUUCGGCACCUCAUUCUGGUGGGGCGGGCCGGUCAUUGACCGCUUGGGCGAGCGCAUCCCGGUAACCAUCGAACUGGCACUCUUGGGGAUAGGGCUGGCGGUCGUCUGCGCCGUCCCAUUAGGCGUGUUGUCGGCCAUCAAACCCGAUGGCCUGAUUGAUUAUCUGUCCAGAGUAUUUACGCUGGUGGGCAUUUCCAUACCCACCUUUUUCAGCGGGAUCCUGCUAACGCUGAUUUUGAUACGCGCUUUCGGUUGGCUGCCUCCGCUGGGAUAUGAGGACAUUUGGGAGGAUCCGUGGGCGAACGUCAAGCAGUUGGUGCUGCCGGCGCUGGCGCUGGGGUUCUACGAAGACCCGUGGACUAAUAUCCGACAGAUGUUCUUGCCGGCACUGGCGCUGGGUUUCUACGAUAUGGCCUUCAUCGCACGGGUUACCCGUUCGUCAAUGAUGGAAAUAAUCCGCGAGGAUUACAUGCGAACCGCCCGGGCUAAGGGGUUGGCGGAACGGAUUGUGCUCGUCCGGCACGGACUCAAAAACGCGGUGUUGCCGAUCCUGACAAUUUCCGGCUGGCAAUUCGGGCGGCUUUUCGGAGGCACGGUUAUCAUCGAGAGCAUCUUCCGGGUACCGGGCAUCGGCACGCUGCUGAUCGAAACGGUGUUCCAGCGGGAUUUCCCAACCAUCCAGGCCAUCAUCAUUGUUGUCUCGGUGUCCAUCGUGCUGAUCAACCUGCUGGUUGACUUGCUGUACGGUUGGAUGGACCCGCGAAUCCGCUACGCCUAA